AUGGCGUCUCUACUGCUGAUCAUUUUCGCUGUCAGCCUCAUCACCCAUCUCCUCAGCUCCGUCCCUGCAGCGACUCUCAACGAGCUGCUAUGGAUCCUGUACAACAAGCUCCCCACGCCGACAAGCACCGCCGCGCGAGAGCAGGCUAAGCUGAAGCGCGAGGUUCUGCGCCUGAAGAAGGAAAUGAACGCUGUCAGUGCGCAGGAUGACUUCGCCAAGUGGGCAAAGCUACGCCGCGCCCAUGACAAGGCCUUUGCCGACUUCCAGAAGAAUGACUCGGCUUUGCGCUCCGCUCGUGCCUCGUUCGACACAGCCGUUGCUUCCGUCCGCUGGCUCGUCACCAACGGCCUCCGCUUCUUCCUGCAGCUGUGGUAUGCAAAACAGCCUCUUUUCUGGAUACCACAGGGCUGGGUGCCUGGAUAUGUCGAGUGGAUACUGGCCUUUCCGAAGGCCCCGACUGGUAGCGUGAGCGUCCAGAUUUGGGGCAUUGCUUGCGCGAGUGUCAUUUCGCUCCUGAGCGAGGCUCUGAUCGCGCUGUACGCACUGGCGACGGGGAAGAUGCUGAGCAAGGAGAAUGCGAAGCCGCAACCGACACCAGCGGCUGGAUCAGAGAGGAAAGAGCUGUAA